AGAUUGUGGCUUGGGUUCCCAGGAUAAAUUAAACUUGAGAAUGUCGUUGAACACCGAUGUCGAAGCUCUGUAUCAACAGCUCAACGAAAAUUGGAGUAAAAGUCCUCCGAAUCUGCCAAAGUGCGGAGAAACCCUGAAAAAGUUGAAGAUCGCGCUCACCCAAUUGUCCUUCCUGCCGACAAAGAAGACGCUUUCACCCAUUUCUAAGAAGGAAUUACUCCUUGCGAGAAAUGUUCUCGAAAUUGGAGCUCAAUGGAGCAUAACUGAACGCAACCUUCCAUCCUUCGAAAGAUUCAUGGCACAACUGAAAUGUUAUUAUUAUGAUUACAAGAAUGAGCUGCCUCCAAGUGCUUUAAUGAAUGAAAUGCUUGGGCUCAAUUUGCUGUUUUUACUGAGCCAAAAUCGCCUUGCUGAGUUCCAUUCCGAAGUUGAGCUGCUUCCCCGGGACGAGAGUCAGAACAAUAUCUACUUGAAACACCCCAUCUCACUGGAACAAUAUCUCAUGGAGGGAUCGUAUAACAAGGUGUUCCUCGCCAAGGGAUACGUUCCCGCUCCAAGUUAUAACUUCUUCAUGGAUAUCUUGCUGGAUACCGUUCGGGGCGAGAUGGCAUCGUGCAUGCAGAAAGCGUAUUAUCAAAUAACUUUCGCUGAAGCGCAACGAAUGUUGAACAUAAAAGACGACGAUGCAAUGAAGAAGUUUGCGAAGCAGCUUAAUUGGACGACGAAGAAAGGAACACAUUUCUUUGACUUUAGCAAUGUCCACAAAGUCGACGAGUGCGGUACUGGACCUCUUCCGGCGCAUGAGCUUGCCAAAAUGGCGAUUGAAUAUGCAAAGGAACUAGAGAUGAUCGUUUGAAAACAGAGCAAGCGUUUAAUCUCCAAAAUCUCCCAUUUUCGGAAGAUAUAUGUGCUGUUUCGGUUUUGUCAUCAUAAAAUCAAUUAAAUUUCAA